AUGUAUUAUCCCGCGAGUGCGUUGCUUAUCAUUAUCGGUACACUGGGGAAUUAUCCCCUUCCCGCGAAUGCUACUGACGGCAGCGCAAAUCUAAUCAGCGUGGCCAAGUGUUGCGAGCAGAACGAGCUCCUUGUCGACGACACGUGCACGCCAUUGACGGAAACGAACGAGACAGAGUGGAAGCCGGAAUUCGUCGAGGAGAAGGUCAACGGUAUAUCGAGGAACAGGCCGGCUCAACCGGACUAUCAAUUGAAGAUCGGUAGGCCGAAAUGUCAGUCCGACGAGCAUCAAUGGAACGUAUAUCAUUAUCGAUCCGGCGAGGAUCGUCUCGCGAUAUUAACAACUGGCGUAUUAAGGCACUACACCACCGACUUGACAAAGGGAAGCCAGGAGUACAAUGGUGUGUUUAAAUUCGACGAUGCAGAUCCGACGAUGGACGAGGAUGAUCUCGAUACGAUUUCCAUUCAUUAUGAUUACCCGUUCGGACAUUACUGCGCUGACAAAGCAAUUUUGAGCAGGGAUCGGCUGGUGGCAACGUACGCAAUGAUCUGUGUACCCGACGUGGUUGUCAAAUGGUCCGACACGAAUUAUUUGAUGAAACACGCGAUUGACCCUACCUUCCACGCAAUAUCAAUAGCCAGUUACCUGGUUGUCGCGGUUGUCUAUUUUGUUCUACCGCAGCUGCGUGAUCUUGUGGGAAACAUGAUAACUAGCAUGACUCUGUGCCUUAUAGCCGGUCAAUCUGCGUCUACGGUCCGCAUCUUUACGGAAUUCGGCAAUCACGUCAGUUUUAUGAUUGCCGAUACAGUCAUGUACGUCUCCUUGUUAGCUGCAUUCUUCUGGCUGAAUGCUUUGGGUUAUUACGUGUGGAAUACUUUUCGUUCGCGAAAUGUAUUUCUAAGAGUAACCGACGGCAGGAAAUAUUGUUACUACUCUACGUACGUUUGGGGCUCGACGAUUUGCAUAGCGGGUACUGCGAUUUUUGCCCAUUUUGCUUUAGAGACUAACAAGCCUGUCGUUGGCGGAAUGGUAUAUCCACCUCAGGAAACGAUCGGUUGGCUAGGGAUUUCCGUGCUAUUUACGUCGAUCGCAUUUACAAUAAUGAUCGACUUAUCCUUUGCACUAACAACCGCCAACAGAAUUAAACGAAUGAGCACGUACGGUCGAAUUCAUCAUAAAAUGAAAUACAGCUUUAGAAUGUUUGUUUUCUUGUUUACGAUAAUGAGUAUCGGUUGGCUGUCGCUUUUGCUAUCGCAGCUGAAUUACAAGGCAUUAGAGUAUUGUCAUGUCGUCAUUAAUUUACUGCAAGCGAUUCUAAUACUAUACGUUUGCGUAUUUGGACAGAGAAGAGUUACAUUUUUGCUUGGUAAAACGUGCAAUUGCUGUAAUUCAGGGGAAAACAUCGAGGGUCUUGACUGGGGCGAAGAAAUGACUGCUAUCAACGCGGGAUAUUAA